UUUUGUAAGCUUUGUUCUUUCACUAAAAUAUAUAGUCUAUUGUAUACCACACUUCCAUGCAAGUGUAAGAACUUGCCAUGGCAAAUGCUGAUUCCUCCCUUAUUUGUUAUUUUUGGGUGAUUCUUGCUCUGGGUCUGUGUUGUUUUAGUGGCUGCAUUUCGGGCCAGAUUGGUUUGGGCUCGAGGUUAUUGGCUAGAGAGGCCCAAACAUGGGUUUCUGAAAAUGGCACAUUUGCUUUGGGGUUCACUCCAGCAGAGACUGAUAAUCGAUUAUUUGUGAUUGGAAUUUGGUUUGCACGGCUUCCAGGAGAUCGAACUUUAGUUUGGUCACCCAAUAGAGACAAUCCGGUAUCCCAAGAAGCAGCAUUGGAGCUUGACACCACUGGCAACCUUGUUCUCAUGGAUGGACACAUGACAAUGUGGACCUCAAACACCUCAGGUGCUGAUGUUCAAACAGCAAUCAUGGCAGAAACUGGCAACUUCAUCCUCCACAACUCCAACAACCACUCUGUGUGGCAGAGUUUUUCUCAACCUUCUGACACUCUCCUCCCAAACCAGCUUCUAACAGUGUCUUCUGAACUAACAUCAUCAAAGUCUUCCUCUCAGGGUGGUUACUAUUCUCUCAAAAUGCUUCAGCAGCCUACUUCCCUGAGCCUUGCUCUCACUUACAAUCUCCCUGAGACUUACCAAGCCUCUGAUGAAUCAUACACCAACUAUUCCUAUUGGCAAGGCCCUGAUAUCUCCAAUGUGACCGGGGAAGUUAUAGCGGUUUUAGACCAAGCCGGGAGCUUUGGAAUUGUGUAUGGAGACUCAUCUGAUGGAGCUGUUUAUGUGUACAAGAAUGAUGGUGAUGAUGCAGGCUUGUCUUCUGCAGUUCACCAAUCUGCACCGUUGACUGUUCUCAGGAGACUAACACUGGAAAAGAACGGAAAUCUGCGGUUGUAUCGAUGGGAUGAGGUGAAUGGUUCGAGGCAGUGGGUGCCACAGUGGGCUGCAGUUUCAAAUCCAUGUGACAUUGCUGGAGUUUGUGGCAAUGGAGUUUGUAAUUUGGAUAGAAGUAAGACAAAAGCCACUUGCACUUGCUUGCCAGGAACUUCUAAAGUUGGCAGGGAUGGCCAGUGCUUUGAGAAUUCAUCUCUUGUUGGAAAUUGCAAUGGCAAGCAUGAAAACCUGACAUCACAGUUUAGGAUUUCAGCGGUGCAGCAAACCAACUACUAUUUUUCUGAAUUUUCAGUAAUAACUAACUAUAGUGAUAUUUCUAAUGUGUCAAAAUGUGGGGAUGCUUGCUUGUCAGAUUGUGAUUGUGUGGCUUCUGUUUAUGGGCUAAAUGAGGAGAGGCCAUUUUGUUGGGUGUUGAGGAGCUUAAGUUUUGGUGGUUUUGAGGAUACUAGCUCAACUUUGUUUGUGAAGGUCAGAGCAAAUGGGUCAUGGACUUCGGAAGGCCAAGCAGGAGGGUCUAAUAGCUCCUCUGAUGGAAUGGGAAGUGCAAAGGAGAAGGCUGUGAUUAUUCCUACUGUUCUGAGCAUGGUAGUUCUCAUUGUUUUGCUGAGUUUAUUACUGUAUUUCAGUGUUCACAGAAAAAGAACUUUGAAAAGGGAGAUGGAAAGUUCCUUGAUCUUAUCAGGUGCUCCAAUGAGUUUCACAUACCGCAAUUUGCAAAUUAGGACAUGCAACUUCUCACAACUGCUAGGAACAGGUGGAUUUGGGAGUGUAUAUAAAGGAAGCCUGGGAGAUGGUACUCUAGUGGCAGUGAAGAAACUUGACAGGGUUUUGCCUCAUGGAGAGAAGGAAUUUAUCACUGAAGUAAACACUAUUGGAUCAAUGCAUCAUAUGAAUUUGGUUCGCCUAUGUGGCUAUUGUUCAGAGGGAUCACAUAGGCUUCUCGUUUAUGAGUUCAUGAAAAAUGGAUCCUUGGAUAAAUGGAUCUUCCCUUCAUAUCAAGGUCGAGAUAGAUUGUUAGAUUGGACAACUCGUUUCAAUAUAGCCAUAGCUACUGCACAAGGGAUUGCAUACUUUCAUGAGCAGUGUAGGGAUCGGAUAAUACAUUGUGACAUCAAACCGGAAAAUAUAUUGGUAGACGAAAACUUUUGUCCCAAAGUAUCUGAUUUUGGGCUGGCCAAAUUGAUGGGAAGGGAGCACUCUCAUGUGGUAACAAUGGUCAGAGGCACUAGAGGUUAUUUGGCACCAGAAUGGGUUAGUAAUCGCCCUAUAACUGUAAAAGCUGAUGUUUACAGCUAUGGAAUGCUUCUUUUAGAGAUCAUUGGUGGCAGGAGAAAUCUUGACAUGUCCUUUGGUGCUGAGGACUUUUUCUAUCCUGGUUGGGCUUACAAGGAGAUGACAAAUGGGUCAAUAAUUAAGGUGGCAGAUAGAAGAUUAAAUGGGGCAGUUGAUGAAGAAGAGCUAACGAGAGCUCUGAAAGUUGCAUUUUGGUGCAUCCAAGAUGAGGUUUCCAUGCGACCAACAAUGGGAGAAGUGGUAAGACUGCUGGAAGAUUCGAUCGACAUUAAUAUGCCACCAAUGCCGCAAACAGUUGUAGAAUUAAUUGAAGAAGGCUUAGACCAUGUAUACAAAGCUAUGAAAAGAGAGUAUAAUCAGUCCAGCUCAUUCACUCUUACCAGCCAUCUUACAUCUCAAGCCACAUGUAGCAAUUCCACAAUGUCACCAAGAUAGUGUUUUAAACUGUAACAGUAAAAAAUUGGUCUGAUCUUGUACGUGUUUGCUGCCUCCACAAGCUAAGAAAUUGGUCUUUUCAUGUUAUCUGGAAAUUAUAUCAGGGGGAGGGGGGAAUCAUGGAAGAACUUUUUUUUUUUUAUGCACAUGUAAAGUUUACAAUGUUUAAAUGGCUCCUUUUAUUUAUUUUUUUGGGAGAAGUCCUAAGAAGGAAAUGGAUACUUACCUAAUCUUAGAGCCUAUAUAUGACCCCUUCUACCCAUUUGUAAUCAUCCCCUCAAUUCCACAACAAGUGUUCUGUCCUUCCUCCCUCUAGUUAAGGGUGACUGUAUUUAUAAUCUUUGUAAUUUUGAAGUAUUUCUCCUCUAGUGAUUAUAUUUAUAAUCUCUGUUGAAAUUCUUUCCUUU